AUGCAGGGGCACUACCGCUGGUACCUGAACGCGAACCGGGAUGAUAUGACUCUCCCUCCCCUGGAGAGAUACAACAUCCGUUUCCCUCCUCUUGAGAGAUAUACCCGGUUUGCUACUCCUGGCAAUCUCCGAAGCCACAUCCGAAAGCAGCACGAGGAAAUCGAGCUGGAACCAAUUCCCGGCAAAAGAUGGGAGUAUGCGGGUUGGGUUUUCGCGGCUAUGAGCUUUUAUGAGGGGAUCGUGGAUGCCGCCGGCGUUGUCCUUCCUGAGGUCCCUUUCGGCAUGAGCCCCAAUUCAAACGGCUACGGCAAAUGCCGUGCCUUUGCGUUUUUCCGUCCCCCUCCGGAACUUUUCGAGGUUUUGGAGAAUCAGCUCCAUGAAGGGGAUACCGAAUUCUUCCGGGUUCGGUGCUAUGUGUACCGCCGUCUCGGGGAAAUGUACGGCAUGACGCAGCACCUGUACGGGCUGCUGGGGCGCCCCUACCCCGCUGCGCCCGCUGUCGCCGCUGCCCCUGCUGCGCCCGCUGCUCCCGCUGCCGCCACUGCCGCUCCUGAGGCGGAGGAGCCCGGAGAGGGCGAGGAAGAAGAGGAUGUUGAGGAAGAAGGUGAUUCCAAUGACGCCGGGGAGGCUGAGGAGUCCGGAGAAGUCUAA